AUGUUUUUCUUGAAAGAUUUAUCAUUAAACCUAACGUUGCAUCCUUCAUAUUUCGGUCCCCAAAUGGACCAGUACUUGAGAGAUAAACUAUUAAGUGAUGUCGAGGGCACAUGCACGGGUCAGUUUGGGUACAUUGUCUGCGUCCUAGAUUCAAUGAAUAUCGAUGUCGGUAAAGGAAGAAUAGUUCCUACAACAGGAAUGGCUGAAUUCGAAGUGAAAUACCGUGCUGUUGUUUGGAAACCAUUCAAGGGGGAAGUUGUUGAUGGUGUGGUGACUACCGUUAAUAAAAUGGGAUUUUUCGCUGAUGUGGGUCCAUUAUCAGUGUUUGUCAGUACGCAUCUAAUACCAUCAGAUAUGAAGUUCAACCCAUCGGCUAACCCACCAGCUUAUUCGAGUCCUGAUGAAAACAUAGAGAAAGGGUCCAAGGUUAGAUUAAAGAUUGUGGGGACCAGAACCGAUGUAAAUGAAAUCUACGCGAUUGGAAGUAUCAAAGAGGAUUAUUUAGGCCCAAGUCCGUUGUGA